AUCUACUGCCAAGUGCACCCACAGCACACAGCACUGCCCCGACUCGCCCAUACACUUGGCUCUUCUUGCGUUCUUGGCUCGCCAAGCAGACCCCAAGCUGCGUUCUUUAUAAGCGCAGGCCUGAAUCCUUUCUUCCCCGCCUUCCCAUCUCACACCAUGUCCACUGCCGGCCCUUCACGCUCGCCCCAGCCCUCUUCUCGCUACCACCCAUACACCCUCCAGCCCUCCCACCCCCAGCCCCAAGCAAAAGGCCGCCGCAACCACGACCCCGCUCCAACCAACGGCGAACCGCCCAGCCCGCCCCGCUCCAGACGCGAGCCCAGCGAAACACCCAGUGUAUCCCUCUCCAUGGCAUUCGGCGGCUCGGCAGGCGGAAAGUGGUGGGACGAAGAGCUCCCGCCCCCUCCAGCAUCACUGAAUAGCAUCCUCGACUCGUUCAGAAAGAGCGGCGAGGGCGACCGCGAGCUGCUGCUGAGCAUCCUCGGCGCGAAAAAGGCAGAGGAAGAGCGACUGUCUUCCAUGAUCCACACCCGCUUGACGAUCCUCCAAGCACGUCUGUCGCUGCACCAGGCAGCCCUCGCUAUGAACGCUGCCGGCGCUCCCCCCAUGCCUGCCGAGCACUAUCCCCGCCCUCCUUCCGAGGCCGACCUCGGUGCCCGCUCGCCCGAACGUACACCGUCGCUCACCUCGCGCGACUCGGCUUCAGCGUCCUCUGACCGGUUGGCUUCGCCGACGGGGGGUAACGAGUACAUGCUGCCACCGCCUGUGCGUCAUGGGUACGAGGUUUAUGAAACAUCCAUGGACAAGGCCGCGGAGGAGGCGAGACCGAGGUACUGGCAGUUGCCGGCCAUGUCUCGUGCUCCGGCCCGAGGUAGCAGAGAAUUGCCGCCUCUUUGUAAUGUCGCAAAGGACAGGUCGGUGAGCCCGAAAGAGACGGCGGGCAGAGAUAGGUCUGGGAGUGGGAUUGAGAUGUUGCUGGAUGCGGGUAUGAGGGGGUUGGAGAGUGAGCGCGCGCGUUAGGGUAAUCUCUAUAACGAAAGAAGGAAAGGACAGAUUCAUGUUGUAUAUUUCUGCUACUAUAACUGUUGAAUGAACGCUCCUCGCUAUUGUACACAUUGUCAUCUGCAAACCAUGAGCAUCAAUCAACAUGACACAAGGCACUUACCUACUCCACCCCGACCAUACUCUCCAGCACUCUCUCCACUGCCGCCUUGCCCAGCGGCACCCACAACCAUCUCCCCUCUCUCCCUUCCUCCUCCCCAUCCUCACCCCCCCGCGCCUGCGCCGCUUCCACAACCAACCCAUGAUCCCUA